UCAGCAAAAGUACUCCUCCCUUUUGUAAACGAACGAAGGCAGCGCUGGCAGCUACUCGACUUGGCAGAGACCGUUUAACCCUUCUGUCUGGGAAUGUCCGAAGAGUCGCAAACUCAUUAAGAAAGCCAGGCUGGUGACCUGGCAGCGCGCUGGAAUUUAGCCGCCCGUCUUUGAAGAAGCGCCUUCGUGCAGCGCUCUAAACGGAACUGACAUUCUCCUUUAGGCUGUAGUCCUGUCGAGAGUUAAAGGUCACGCGUUUGAGGCUUAAGAUAUGAUCGGUGAGAAUGGUUGUUUUUAAACGAAAGCUCGCAAAAGAAAAAGACUUUCACAGUAUAGGAUAAAAAAACAAACAAUUUUCUUCACCCACCCCCUGAUGGAGGACGAAGAGGAGCUGGACCGGUUACGCUUGCUCUUUCACGCCUGUGAUGCGAAUAAUUCGGGUAGGAUAGAAAAAGAAGAGCUCUUCUUGGUGUGCUCAGAGCUGAGAGUGCAGCCCUACGAGAUCGAGGAGAUCUUCACGAAGCUAGAUCUUGAUAAAGACGGUUCGAUCAAUUUCGAAGAGUUUGUGACCGCUUUUCACACCGUGUCUGAGGUGAUCUGCCCCGGGGAUAUGGAAGGCGACAACGCUGCAGCGUGGGGUGCUUUUCGGCGGAGACUUGGAGAGGAAGCCCGAUUCAUCCCGAGACCAGAACAAGUUGGUAUUUUAUACCAGAAUAUCAAUCUGACAGAACCAAGGCUUGUCCCACAGUAUGAACGAGUCAUAAUGGGCUUUACACGAGAAAUAAAGCUGCAGACCACAGAGAUGGAAAACUUAGCACUGACAGCAAAAAGAGCUCAAGAUAAAGCAGCAAUUCAACUGAGUGAAAUUGAAGAAGAGAUGGACCAGAGGUUACAUGCGGUUGAGAAUAGAGUCAGACAAGAGGAAAGUCAAAAAGCAGAACUGGUGCUCACUGACCUUAAACGUCAGUAUGAAUCAGAAGUCUGUGAGCUACAGAUCACAAUCAAGAAACUAAAAAUGGUUGAAGAACAAAAGAAAAACACCAACCUCAAAGGUGAGGUUUUAGGAUUAAAACGGAAGAUAACAGAAUUAACUUUGGAAAAUCAACAAUUGAAGAAAGACUUACUUGAAUCUCAGAUGAACAUUGCAAUUUUUCAGACUGAGCUCGAUACUUUGAAAAGCGAAUACACCGAUCAAAGUAUUAACAUAGAAAGGUAUGAAGAAUUGCUCAAAGGUUACAGUGAUGAGCGAGAUAAUCACGCUAGACAAACAGAAAUAUUUCAGUCUGCUAACAGAAGGCUGCAAGACAGUAAUGACGCCCUGAGAAGUGCAUUAGAAAACAGCUUCAGCAAGGGCAAUAAAUCUCUGCGUGUGCUCAACAUCUCUCCUGCAAGCACUAUUUCAAGAUCCAGCCAAAAAUUCAGUGGCCGCCAAUCUCCAUUUUUUGAUAGAUCUUCUCAUUCUUCUUACGUAGACGAGGACUGUGAUUCUCUAGCACUCUGUGACCCCAUGCGUCGAAUCAGUUGUGAGGUUGAGAGCUUGGCUGAGAGCGGCUUUGACAGUGGCCUCUCCACGCUCCGAGAUUUGAAUGAUUGUGAUUCUGAGACAGAAUACAGACUUCAAAGGAACUUCCAAAGGUCACUGGAGAUGCAAGAGAACUUUGGGGGAGAUGCUUCUGACAAUGACGUACCAGAAAUUCGAGAUGAAAUUGCAUUUGCAUAUAGUUCAGAAGGGAAUGGAUCAAUGUUAGACUGGAAACCAGUGAACCCAGUAAGCAGAAGCAGCUCCGGAGCCUCAACACGAAAAUGUAUCUCUGCAAUAUCACCUCAGGUUGAUAAAAUUGAUGGAAAUUUUAAAUUUCCUUCAUCUGAAAAAGCUUACAAGAUUGUCCUAGCUGGAGAUGCGGCAGUGGGGAAAUCAAGCUUCUUGCUUAGACUUUGCAAAAAUGAAUUUCGAGGAAAUACAAGUGCAACCCUGGGUGUUGACUUUCAAAUGAAGACUUUAAUUGUUGAUGGGGAACCUACUAUGUUGCAGUUGUGGGACACGGCUGGACAGGAAAGAUUCCGCAGUAUUGCAAAGUCCUAUUUCAGACGAGCUGAUGGGGUUUUGCUGUUAUAUGAUGUCACUUGUGAGAAAAGCUUUAUAAAUGUGCGAGAAUGGGUGGACAUGAUUGAGGAUGUGUCCCUUGGAGAGAUUCCAAUCAUGUUAGUAGGAAACAAAGCUGAUCUGCGCAAACAGGCAACCGAGGAAGGAUUGAAAUGUAUAUCAACCAACUUUGGAGAAAAACUUGCUAUGAGUUACAGUGCCUUAUUUUGUGAAACCAGUGCCAAGGAUGGCUCCAAUAUUAUUGAGGCAGUUCUUCAUUUGGCUCGUGAAGUUAGAAAACGAUGCAACACCAAUGAAGACAAGGAAUCAGUGACCAACCUGUCUGGUAUGAGCUCUAAGAAGUCCAACACGAAGACCUGCUGCACAGUUUAAGACUUGUUUGUAGUAGCUGAGAAAUGCGGGCAUUUUCAUCUCAGAGACUCUACUCCUAAUUAUUUAUUUAAUCUUUACUCAAAAUUGCACUUAAAAGUGUGCAAUUAAAAGACAUCUAUUAUGUCUUUGCUUUAAUUAUACAAUGUAUGUGGAUUAAGAAAUCAAAUUGAAAAACAAUGGUUUCUUCCCUGUAAUAUGUACGUUCAAUUUAGUAUUAAGUCAAACAGGCCCUUUGGUGGGGUUCUUAUGGUUUGGAUUCACUACCAAACUUGUGUUUAUCCUGAUUUUACAGGAAUCAGUUAGAUUUGUCAGAAUAGAAUAUUGUAAAUAUGUCAAUAAUGGGAGUUGUUUUGUUACCUCAUUUGGUUAGUAUUUGAUGACCAACGUCUUUAAUAGCUUUGAAAACUGAUUAUGUCAAGUCUUUUAAAAGAGUGGUCCCAUGGAGCUUCCUGUGCUCACUGGCUUUCAUUCCAACCAGAUUAUUAAUUUAAAGUCCAGUUUAUGACUUAAUUUAACUCUUUACCAGUGGUCCAGUUCAGAUUUAUUUUACAGUGUGUAUAUUAAUUUUGUUAUAAAAUUAGUAAUGAUGUGUGUUGUUUUAUACACUGUGUGGUACAGGGGACACUCUUGAGUCAACUAUCAACCAAAAACAAUGCCAAAGUUAAGAAGAACAAAGGCUUAUGUGAAUAGAGUGAAAACAGUACAAAAUAAAAGACCAGAAACAAGAAGGGGUGAGAGCCAUGAGGAACUGACAGAGGUAGCCUACCAUUUUAUAGGAGGCCAUAUUGUAGUUAGCAGCUUGAUUGGAGUUAGUGGCAUGGAUUGCUGCUAUAGCCCAAGUCUAAGCCCUACUGAUGCUGUCUUAGGGAAAAUUGACAUCUGGGGACUUGCUCUGAGUAAGUUCCUGAGCAAAGAGAAGGCCUUAUGCUUCACUGGGCCUUCCAAGACCAUACAUAUAUAUAUAUAUAU